UUUAGAUAUUCUCUCAAAAGUAUCCACACAACCACUUGCUAUCUCCUUCUUCCAAUCUCUGUCUACUUCUUCAUCUACCUGCUACUGGUCGAAUCUUUAAUUGCUCCGGUCAAGUUUUUGAUACUAAGAUAUGAUUUGAAAACUUGAUGUGGGUCCAAAGGUGAGACCUUUAAUUACCUGCCAAACAUUUCAAGAUUAGAUCUUUUCUCUUUUCUCUCAUGAUGCUGAGAUGAAAACAGAGAUGAAGCUUCUUCUUCGAGCUCUGUUCCUCUCUCUCUCUCUCUGCCUCCUCCCCUUCGCGGCUUCAGAGAUUCAGCUCGGUUCCAAGCUCGUGGUUGGUGAAGAAAACGCCUCGUGGGUAUCUAAAAACGGAGACUUUGCGUUAGGGUUCUUCAACGUUCCUGAUUUGCCUAACCGGUUUAGCGUCGGUAUCCGGUUUAACUCCCAAUCCAUCCCCUCUGAUCAAAGGAGAGUCGUCUGGGUUGCUGGAGCUGGUGUCUCCGUUUCAGACAACGCCUCUUACUUCGAGCUUAGCCCUGAUGGAGAUUUGGUUUUGUUUGAUUACUCUUUGGGUGUACCGGUUUGGACCAGCAAAACGAACCGGUUCUCUGUUCAAUCUGUUUCCUCUGCUUUGCUAGGUGACGAUGGUAACCUUGUGUUGUUGAAUGGUAAGGAGGAGAUUGUUUGGGAGAGCUUUGACACUCCUGCUGACACUCUACUUCCGAACCAAAAGCUGAAGGCUUUUGAGAUGCUUAGAGCCGCUAGCGAGAGUUCUAGGUCUAGCUAUUACAGCCUUCACAUGGUGGGUUCAGGGAGGUUGGAGCUGAGGUGGGAGAGUAACAUCACUUUCUGGUCAAGCAGCAACCAAGAAGCAGUCAAGUACAAGAACAUUAGUGCUGUUCUUACACCAGAGGGAGCUCUUCUUGUCUCUCAUCAAGACAUUACUAAACCUGUUUGGUCUGUUUUUGGAGAAGACCACAACGACAAAGUGAAGUUCCGGUUCCUUAGACUAGACCGGGACGGUAACCUCAGAAUGUACUCGUUCCAUGAGUCUUCAAGGUCCUGGAGAACUGUCUGGCAAGCUGUUGAGAAUCAGUGCCGUGUCUUCGCCACCUGCGGAUCGCAAGUUUGCUCCUUUAACGGCUCAGGAGACUCUCAGUGCACUUGUCCUUACAACACCUUUGCAUCCAAGUGCGUGACGCCUUACCAGAAGCUAAGCUGCAAGUCUAGUUUCAGAAUGGUGACGUUCGAGAACAUGGAGUUGUAUGGGAUCUAUCCGGCUAAUGAUUCUGUUGUAUCUCCUAUUAGCUCACUGAGAUGCAAGAAGAUGUGUUUGGAGGAUGAUUCUUGCACUGCGGUUACUUACAAGAACGAUGUGGAGAAGCCUCAGUGUCUGAUAAAGCUGACUAGAUACGUUAGUGGAUACUCUGAUCCGUCUCUUAGCUCGGUGUCUUAUGUUAAAACGUGUUUAAACCCAGUGGCUGUUGAUCCUUCGAAGAGGGAAGUAGUGGGGACUGUGACGAAGAAGAGUCAUAGUGUCUGUCUCUCUUGUCUUCUCGGGGUAACUUCCACUACGUUUGUGUUGUUUCUUGCCUUCCAGGUUGGUGUCAUUGUGUAUGUUUAUAAGAGGAAGAAGAAGGAAGCUGUGAAGAGAGCUGAACGGGUGAGAAACCCCAAAGGAGUGGUUGUGUUCUCUGUUGAUGAGAUCAAGGAGAUGACUAAUGACUUUGAGGAUAACAUAGGACCAAAGAUGUUCAAGGGAGUUAUGUCCGAGAACGAACUUGUUUUGGUUAAAGAGAUUGAAGGGGCGUUGACAGAGGAGAGGAAGUUUAGAAGCUCUGCGGCGAAGAUUGGGACAAUGCAUCACAAGAACUUAGCUAAGCUUGAAGGCUACUGCUGCGAACGUGGCAAGAGGUUUCUUGUUUAUGAAUACGCGAAGAACGGGUCUUUACUUGACCAUCACGCUAAGAACCUAACGUGGAGGAGAAGAAACGAUGUUUGCUUAAGCGUGGCGAAAGCUCUCUUCUAUCUCCACUCGGAGUGCAGAGAGUUCGUCAGUCAUGGGAGCUUGAGCCUUGGGAACAUUCUGAUAGGUGAGGAGUUUGAAGCUAAGUUGACAGAAUAUGGAUUUGGCUCGUGUGCUGCUGAUAAAGACGUUGAGGAUUUUGGGAAAAUGGUGUUAGCUUUGGUGACUGGUGGGUAUGAGGAGGAGUGGGUGUACAGAGAAUGGAUUGAAGGGAGGGGAGAAACCGUUGUGGACAGAAGUUUAGAAAGUGGUUUUGAUGUAGAGGAGCUUGAGAGGGUUUUGAGAAUCUCUUUCUGGUGUGUUCAGGUGGAUGAGCGGUUGAGACCGUCUAUGGGGGAAGUGGUUAAGGUUUUGGAAGGUACAUUGUGUGUUGAUCCACCGCCGCCGCCUUUUGGUUGUGUAAAAUCAUCGCCGAGUAACUCAUCAGGGUCUGGUCAGUCUUUGUAUGAAUCUGUAAGAGAGUGAAGUUAAGUGUUUGUAUAGUUUGAGGUAUCUGAUUUAACAAGUUGUAGUGAAGGAUGAUGAUGAUUCUUGUUUCUUUUUUUAUUAAGGUUUUACUUAGGUUUU